AUGUCGGAGGCCGGACGGAGCCGCGCUGGUUGCCGUGGUGACCGGAAAGCCCGUGCUCCCCCCGCCCUCCCCGCAGCCACUCGCAAACAUGGCAGCGGCCGCUCGGCGGCUCCGGGCCGCGGCUCCGGUGGGGGAAGGUCACAGAAUAAGGACCAGUUUCUUCAUGAUGAAGUUACAUCUUCUGUGUCACAACUUGCAACAAAGGUUCAGAGUGCAAGUUUUCGGGGCUGGAAAGAAGUGACCUCUAUGUUCAAUAAAGACGAUGAACAACAAUUGCUAGCAGGAUGCAAGGCUCCAAAAUCAAAAGGAACUAAUUUAAAAUUAAAAGAAGAUGUGAAGUCAGAAAAGAAAUCUGGAUUUUGGGACAGUUUGGCAAUAAAACAGAACACCCAAAGCAGGAAACCAGAUCAGAUUGAAGGUUGGGAACCACCACAGAUUACUGCUGGAGACCCCAUCAGUGAUGCAGGAAAUACUUUAAGUGACUAUCCAUCCUGGUCAGGCUGGGAAGAUGAGACCAAAGGCUCCACAAAAUACACAAACCUAGCCAGCUCAGGAAACAGUUCCAGGUGGAGUAUCAAAUCAGCGGGAAAGCUGGUUAGUAUUAGAAGACAGAGCAAAGGUAACCUUACUGAUAACUGGGAAGAACUAGAAUGA